AUGAAGUCACCUGAAGAGGAAAAGGGAGACCAUGUUGGAUGUGAGGUGUUCAAGAGGACAAAGGAUGAUGAGAAGUUGGCUCCCUCUGUUGAAGAUGCCAUCCACCUUGAUAAGAUGGAGGAGGGUUUCUGCAAGGAUGAAGAGAACAAUUGGGUCUACCAUCCAGGGAAACCAGGCCAAAUCAGGGUCAUCUUCGACUUGAACUCUCAGUAUACUGGAGCAUCUCUUAAUGACAUCCUCUUAACUGGCCUAGACCUCAACAACAACCUCCUCGGAGCACUUCUCCAUGUUAGAAAAGAAGCUGUUGCUAUUACUGCAGAUAUACAGCAGAUGUUCUACUGUUAUCUUGCCCAGCCUGAAGACCGAAACUCCAUGUGCUUCUCCUGGUACAAAGAUAACGACCCCAGUCAGGAAGUUAUUGAGUACAGAAUAAAAGUUCACAUCUCCAAGAAUAGCCCUCACUGGUUGUGGCAAUUUGUGGCCUCAAACGAACAGCAAGAGAAGGAGAGUCAAGCCACCGGAGGCGCCUCCCUGUGGCUGCAAGCCAUCAAACGUAUUGAUGAAAACUGGACUGAGGACCCGAUCCAGAUGCUGGCGUUUGCAGUGUCCAUGUUCUCUCAGAAAUCCUGUCUAGGACCUUCAAGGAUCACAACUUGGAUGGACAACUUGAAAAACAAGUUGCUGGACAGCUACAGGGAGGGUCCAUGGUUCAAGAGCAGCAUAAGUCGUGACAUCCCUGCACUUGAAGACUUUGGUGAGAACCCUAGCGAUACCAUAACCGAUGACCUUCUCAAUCAGGCGCGGGACCUCACCAUAUCAGUGCAGCCUGGUGAACCCACUGUGGAAAAUGGCUUCAUCCCCUACCUGGGCUGUGCCCUGCAGUUCGGGGCCAACCCGCUCCACUUCCUGCGCAGCCGGCAGAAGAAAUACGGCCACAUCUUCACCUGUAAGAUAGCCGGCCAGUACAUCCACUUCCUGUGUGACCCGUUCUCCUACCACUCCGUCAUCCGCCAGGGCCGACACCUGGACUGGAGGAAGUUCCACUUCACUACCUCUGUCAAGGCGUUUGGUCACGACAGCUUCGACCCUCGUCACGGCCACACCACUGAAAACCUUCACCAGACCUUCCUGAAGACGCUGCAGGGGGAGGCUCUGCCAUCCCUGAUAAAAACCAUGAUGGGCCACCUGCAGGAUGUCAUGCUGAGGUCCGACUCCCUCAGCCCCAGCUCCCAGCACUGGGAAGUUGACGGCAUAUUUGCCUUCUGCUACAAGGUGAUGUUUGAGUCGGGGUACUUGACUCUGUUUGGCAAGGAGCUGGGAGAAGAUAAGACCCAGGCUCGGCAGGCCGCUCAGAAGGCCCUGGUGCUCAACGCUCUGGAGAACUUUAAAGAAUUUGACAAGAUCUUCCCAGCGCUUGUGGCAGGUCUGCCCAUCCAUGUAUUCAAGAGCGCCUACAGUGCCAGGGAGAAUCUGGCGAAGACCAUGCAUGCCGACAACCUGUCCAAGAGAGAGAAUGUCUCCGACCUGAUCUCCAUGAGGAUACUUCUCAACGAUGCGCUGUCCACCUUCAACGACCUCAGCAAGGCCCGGACACACGUGGCCCUGCUCUGGGCCUCGCAGGCCAACACCUUACCCGCCACCUUCUGGAGUCUGUUUUACAUGAUCAGGAGUCCACGUGCAAUGACAGCGGCCCAGGAAGAGGUGCAGAGAGUUCUGAAGAGUUCAGGUCAGGUGGUUGAUCCCAGCAACCCCAAUCUGACCCUAACCAGAGAGGAACUUGACAACAUGCCUGUUUUAGACAGCAUCAUAAAAGAAGCCAUGCGUCUUUCGAGCGCCUCCAUGAACGUACGUGUGGCUAAGGAGGAUUUCCUGCUUCAUCUCGACAACCAGGAAGCCUACCGGAUAAGAAAGGAUGACGUCAUCGCCUUGUAUCCGCCCAUGCUGCAUUAUGAUCCCGAGAUCUAUGAGGACCCCUAUGAGUACAAGUACGAUCGAUUCGUGGAUGAUAAGGGUCAGGAGAAAACGACCUUUUAUCGAGGGGGCCGCCGACUUCGCUACUACUACAUGCCCUUUGGUUCUGGGGUUACCAAAUGCCCCGGCAGAUUUUUCGCAGUCCACGAGAUCAAACAAUUUCUGAGCCUUGCCCUGUUAUACUUUGACAUGGAGCUUUUGGACCCUGCUAUCAAAGUCCCACCCCUCGAUCAAUCACGUGCAGGCCUCGGGAUCCUCCAGCCGACCUAUGAUGUCGAUUUCAGGUACAAGCUGAAAUCAAGCCAGUAG